ACAACAUUCAUCAAUUGAUACCAAUUACGUCACCUGUUCAACUACACAAUGAGCACUGAUAAAGACCCCCUUUUAGCGGCCUUCGAGGCCGACAGCGCCGAGGCACCAGCUCCAGCCGACCCCGAAAGAGAAAGAGCGCUCGGGCAGUUCAAGAACAAGUUAAUGGAGCACAGACAGUGGGAUGCACGCCUCAAACAGUUGCGCUUGGAUAUUCGCGGCAAGGAGAACGAUUACGAAAAGACAGAGAACGACAUCAAGGCGCUUCAGUCGGUGGGGCAGGUGGUGGGCGAGGUAUUGAAGCAGUUGGACGACGAACGCUUUAUCGUGAAGGCAUCGCUGGGGCCGCGUUAUAUCGUGGGCUGCCGCAACUCUAUCAGUAAGGAGGCGUUGAAGCAGGGUGUGCGCGUGGCGUUAGACAUGACGACGUUGACCAUCAUGCGUAUCUUACCGAGGGAGGUGGACCCCCUCGUGUACAACAUGACGACGUUCGAGCCGGGUGAGAUCUCGUUUGGUGGGAUUGGUGGGUUGAACGAACAGAUCCGCGAGUUGCGCGAGGUCAUUGAGCUCCCGUUAAAGAACCCAGAGUUGUUCCUUCGAGUCGGUAUCAAGCCACCUAAGGGGGUACUUCUAUACGGGCCUCCAGGUACCGGGAAAACCUUGUUGGCAAAGGCGGUCGCCGCCACUAUUGGUGCUAACUUCAUCUUUUCCCCGGCGUCCGCGAUUGUGGACAAGUACAUCGGUGAAUCUGCUAGAUUGAUCAGGGAGAUGUUCAGCUACGCGAAGGAGCACGAGCCGUGUAUCAUCUUUAUUGACGAAGUGGAUGCAAUCGGUGGGCGCAGAUUCAGCGAGGGGACGUCCGCGGAUCGUGAGAUUCAGCGUACGUUAAUGGAGUUGUUGAACCAGAUGGACGGGUUCGACUACCUCGGCCAGACCAAGGUCAUUAUGGCCACCAACAGACCUGACACUUUGGACCCGGCGUUGUUGAGAGCCGGACGUUUGGACCGAAAGAUUGAAAUCCCGUUGCCUAACGAGGCCGGCCGCUUGGAGGUGUUCAAGAUCCAUUCUGCGAAUGUGCAGAAACAGGGCGAGUUCGACUUCGAGGCCGCCGUUAAGAUGAGCGACGGCUUCAACGGUGCCGAUAUCAGAAACGUUAUCACCGAGGCUGGAUUCUUUGCCAUCAGAGAUGACAGAGACUACAUUCUCCAGGAGGACUUGAUGAAGGCCGUGCGUAAGGUCGGCGAGUCUAAGAAGUUGGAGGGCAAGUUGGACUACGAAAAGUUGUAAGUUACAUUAGAUUGAAUCACGAAUGGUGGUGUACAUUAUUUUGAACUAAAGAGUACGAUGUAGCGGGAUGAAGUAAUAUAACCCUAUAAUGGUAUCG